AUGGCAGCGCUGAAGUUUGACGAUAAUAAAGUUCCAUACCUCGACCUUGGUGACGGCUAUAGGAUCGCACUCGAAGGUGACGAGUACACCGAUGCCAAGGCGAAGGAAAAGGCCGCCCGCGAGCUUCGCGAGACGCCGGACGUGGUUGAGAAGUCGUUGCAGGAGUUACGCGCCCUGCUAGAAGAGGAAAAGUCUCUAUACGUCCCGAUGGAUAAUGAUGCCUUCAUGAUCAAGUUCCUGCGGCCCUGCAAGUACUACGCAAAAAGUGCGUUUGAAUUGAUUCAACGCUACUACCGCUUCCGGAACAAACACCCCGACCUGUGCGAUGAACUGUACCCAUCAUCGGUAAAGCAUGUAUACGCUGAGGGAUUGGUCCAUUUUCUACCACUUCGCGAUCAGCAUGGAUCGCGUAUUCUCGUCCUCGAGUGCGGAAAAAAAUGGAAACCCGCUAAGGUGUCACUCACCGACCUGUUUCGAGCGGUUCAGGUCGCGUUAGAGGCGGGAAUGUACGAACCAAAUACGCAGCUGAACGGAGCCAUUGUCAUCCUAGACAUGGAAGGCUUGUCGCUGUCACAGAUCAUGCAAUUUACACCCAGAUUCGCUGCGAUGGCACUGGACUGGAUCCAGCAGUGUACCGCCAUGCGACUUAAGUCGGUACACAUCGUGAACAACUCGUACCUGUUCAACAUGCUGUUCUCCAUUUUCAAGCCGUUCCUCACGGAAAAGCUGCGCAAACGGCUAUUCUUCCACCAGAAGGAUUGGAGUUCAUUGAUGUCGCACGUCGAUGCCAAAUGCCUGCGCCCGAAGUACGGAGGAACGCUCGAGUGCCUCGAAACCGAUGGCCAACUGUUAGGAGAAUUGUUUGAGCUUUACCACAAGGAAUUCGAGCUUGCCAACUCGUACGGUUACCUCCAGAAGCAGAAUUAGAUUAGAGCGAGGAUGAAUCGCAUCACGGAUAAUCUCUUGUCGUUGCUUAAAGCUACGUUAUGUUUUAUGUUUUAUUUAGGAUAUACUGCAAUACGAUUGCGUGCACUGUGGGAUUUCCCGUUGGAAGCAGUCUUCAUACAAUGGGACGUUUUUUCGGGGGUUUGUGUUUUGGAUUAGCUAGCACACCAUAGCGAGGUGAUUCUCGCUAUGGAAUCAAUAUCUAAGUCAACGGAGGUAUAAUAAACGCUAC